CAUGAUAUUCAAUUUCGUACAAAUUCAGAGCGGAAGUCGAGUCUAUAAUAUAGCUAUGUAGUCUGCAUUUCCUCUCUAGUCCUCUGCUGCUGCCCCCAUUCCAGAAUCUCAUUCUCCGGUUCCAGAGAAUCCAGACUUUCGUUCCCAGACACAGAGCCCAGGACCAGAGGAGCUGACACCAGCUCCUCGCUCGCAGACUUCAACACUUCGAUCGUGAACGGAUCUUCUCUCCUAACUUGAAGACUGCGGCUGCAAUAGUCGAUGGCAGUUUCGCAAUCGCCUUUGAGAAGAUGGACAAAUGCAAUUGAUGUGAGCGUAGUGGGCUCUUUUGGGCUGAGGCUGAGCGCUCGAUGGUGCAUCUCGAGCGAUUCGUCAAGCUUGCCCAGCUUGCGGUACACGUGGCCUAAAUUGUUGUACACCGGUUCCCAAUCUCUUAGCGUCAUGUGAGGGUCAGCCACAUGAAGGUAGGCGAGUGCUUGAAGUAAAUACUUUGCCGCCCUUUCUUUGCUCCCUGCGUCUGCAAGCAUCACUCCGACUUCUUGUAGGAGAGAAGGGUCAGAGGGGGAGAUCGAGAGAGCAUUUUUCAUGAAUUUUACGGCUGUAGCAGUCGAUCCUGUGACGUAAUACUCCCGACCGAGGUGCAUGAGAGGGACGUGCGAUCCUCUCAUGGUUCUCGCGGCCUUGGAGAAGGCCGAAAUCGCCUGAUCGUGCUCGCCCUCGGUCGCAAACGACACGCCAAACGCGAGGUGUGCGGGUGCAAAGUUUCCGUCGAGAUUCAGAGCCUUUGUGAGGUACUUCCUCGCGUUCUGGUGGUUCUGUAAGGUGAGGUAGUAGCAGCUGACCGUGAACCAAGCAAGAGGAGACGAGGGAAAGUUUCCGACUAGUUUGUGCCCGAGGGAAAAAAGCUCUGCCGUUUUCUUCUUCUCCACACAACAGAGGACGUGUCAGCUGGAGCAGCGAGGGAUGGAAGGGGUCCUUCUGCAGUUCCCGCGCCGUCAGCUCGUAGCACGCGUGGAUAUUCCUGCUCUUGAAAAGCCGAUGAGCGGUGCUCCAAACUACGUCAGAGUUUUCCGCGAGAGGUUUCAGAUUGGGGUCUUUGACGCAAGUGGCGCGGACAUCGGUAGAUUUGUUGUGCCUCAGUUUUGCCAUGUAGAGAACUCGCAGCAUCCGCUCCUCCUCGGUCGAGCACUGUUUCUUGAAUGGUAGCUCGGAGAGAAGGGCCUUCUCGUCGUCUCCGCUCAGUGCGUGGUGAUCGCAGAGCCAGUCUAGAGCUUCACUGCAGUAGACGUCCGUCCGCAACGCUUCUUUGCAACACACAACUGCAUCCUGUAAAGGCUCCCCAGGCCCUCGUGAGCUCGUCCCUGUAGCAUGAGCGAAGCAGCUGUAACGUCACCCAACUGUGAACAGUGCGCCGAGUCAGCCAGUUCUGCAUCUUCAUCUUCCUCCUCCUCGUCCGGUAUUUUCAGAACGAGCAGUGCCUCCUCCCACUCCUGGAGGGAGACGUAGCACUUGGCGGCCAGGUAGCGGAGCCCGGUACUGCGAGAGAGAAGGUGCGGGGAGGAUAGGAGGGCGUGCACAGCUCGGCGGUGCUGCCCGUCGGCGUGCAAGAGGGAAGCUAGCGUGGCGAGAUCGCCGGCAUCUCCCGCAGAAAGAGAGAGGGCCUUGUCGGCCCAGAAGAUGGCCGUGUUGUGCAGCUGCUUCCCGGCGUAGAUCUGCACCAGGUUGCGGGCCUUUUCCAGCAAAGAAGACAUCUUGAACAGAACGUGAUCUCCGGAUAUCUCCGCCCACUUUUGCGGACUAAAGAAUGAGGCGGGAAGUUUGAACUGAAGUCAGGCGUGUUCCUGCACUAUCUGGAGAGACCUGGAGGUAAAGAGAGGGCGGCUAUGGCCAACAUGGAGGAUCCGACGCUCGAGCGUCACUUCAAGGGCCACAGAGACGCAGUCACGUGCGUCUCCUUCAACCCUAACAUGAAGCAGCUGGCUACAGGCUCUAUGGACUCGUGUCUGAUGGUGUGGCACUUCAAGCCUCAGGCAAGAGCUUAUCGCUUUGUCGGGCACAAGGAUGCAAUUCUGUCGGUCCAUUUCUCUCCAUCUGGUCAGCUGGUGGCCUCUGCCUCCAGAGACAAGACUGUUCGACUGUGGAUACCCAGUGUUAAAGGAGAAUCGACAGUUCUAAGGGCUCACACGGCGUCCAUCAGAAGUGUCCAUUUUGCCAGUGACGCCCACUCGCUUCUCACCGCCUCUGACGACAAGACUAUCAAGGUGUGGACGGUCAAUCGUCAAAAGUUUCAGUUUACUCUAAGUGGUCACAGUAACUGGGUGAGGAGCGCCCGGUUCUCCCCCGAUGGUCGACUCAUUGUGUCCGGAGGAGACGACAGAACGGUUCGACUGUGGGACAGACAGACCAAGGAGAACGUCCACACCUACCAGGAACAUGGCGGGUUUGUCAAUGCUGUAGCCUUUCAUCCCGAUGGUAACUGUAUUGGAGUUGGUACUUCUGACAACAUUGUAAAGAUUUGGGAUAUUCGUGUCAACAAGCUACUGCAGCACUACCAGAGCCACACUGGUCCCGUCAACGAUUUGACCUUUCACCCCUCCGGAAACUUCCUUCUCUCGGCCUCAGCUGACAUGACUCUCAAGAUAUUUGACCUGGUGGAGGGAAGACCAUACUACACUCUCCACGGACACAAGGCUGGGGUGCUGGGCGUCGACUUCUCACCUUCUGGGGAAUUCUUCUCUUCUGUUGGAGCUGACGAACAGGUUCUGGUGUGGAGGACAAACUUUGAUUCUCUGGACCAUGGGGAGAUUCUGAGGGCCCGGCGGAAGAGACCCGCCCCCUCUUCCCAUCGUCACCACUCUCACGAUCUUCCCCCUCCUCACACCCUCACUCAACCCACACAUCAGGAAGAAGAUGAUGAGGGGCCAGUCCCCCAAACCACACCCCUUGAAGCCACGACAGUGUCUCCGGAACUGUCAAACACUCUACAGCACAUCGUGGGCCAGCUGGAUAUUCUCACUCAGACUAUGUCGAUUCUGGAAGAGAGGCUGACGGUCACUGAGGACAAGAUCAUGCGGCGUGUGUGGCUACCGAGAGAGGACUUCGGUAUGUUUCACCAGGACAUCUCUCCCUACGAGUUCGAGUUCUUUCGCUCCCACGCCGGCGCCUUCAAACGCAUGUGGCACGAACAGAGUCGAAAAUUUUGGUCUCUCUUUGUCAGUGCGUUUGACUACUUUCUGUGGAACCAUGGGAUCAUGAAAGAUUUUCCCAUGACGGCAAAGGAAGCUAGGGAGUAUAUUGACGAGAUGGUGGGGUACAUCAGGGAGCAGUUUGUGGAGCGUCGGUUCACUGCUGCCAAGGCACUCAUCAUGGACUGUGUGAUUGUGGCUCAAAACAGGAACUGCAUUCUCCUCCUGGAGAAGGCCAACUAUGCCCAAAGUCCAUUUGUCAUGAAGGAGACGAGAGAAGUAUUCAGACAACUGUUUGGUCCUCCAACCAACAAGAGGACAUUCAUGAAGGUACUGUGCGGACUGCCAGUGUAUGUGAAGUUCGCGGGUGCGGCAGUGUCUUGCCUCCGUCGCUGGCUGACUGCGGAAACCAUUCCUUCCGACGAAAAACUUGAGGAAGAAUUCCUAGCGUCUGUUCACAAGAGACCGAGAAAUAGAGACACUAGUAUCAUGGGCUGCACGGAGGACCUCCUGAAGGUCGUUAGUAGACUCCGCCCACCAACUUCCUCUGGUUCUCUGGAUAAGCCAAACACUUCCUCAAAGAGCGCUAGAGGCAAAAUAUGUGAGGCCAGGUGUGAGGGAAGGGCUGAGGAGGAGAGGGAGGGAGGAGGGGAGGGAGGAGGGAGGAAGAGAAGGAAAAAGAAGAAGAAAACUGCGAACGAAGACGAGGGACAAGAGGGAGUGAGCAAAUCUGCUGGCGAGGAAAUGAGUAAAGACAAAAAUGACUGCGAAAACGUUGAAGAAAGGAAGGACCAAAAAUUUGAAGAAAAGAAAGAACACAAUGUUGAACAAAAAGAUUGCAAACAUGAAACAAGAAGAGAUGAAAAAAGGAGGGUGAAAGAAGCGGAACUUGAAGAAGAAAAAUUUGACGGAGCAAAAGCUGAAGAAGAGAAAAAACAAAGAGAAAAGGAAGAAGAGGAGAUGGUGAAACAGUUCGCAGGGGAAGUGGAAGAGAAAGUAAAUGAAGUAGAAAGGUUUGAAGGAGAGGCUGACAGAAGAGAGGGCCAGCUGCAGGCAGUGACAGUGUCUCAGGAAGCUGGGAGUGAGAAGGGGGAGAGUGAAGGUCCCGCCAGCUGCAACAGCUCUGGCCCCGCCUCCCCGACCGACUCGGGUAUUGGGAGUGGGGUGGAGCAUGUUGCUACGGAGACGCCGACAAGACCGGCGGUGGUGACGUCGAGAAGCAGCGAAGGGGUAGAGGUGGUGGGGGAGAAGGAGGGCAGGAGAAAAAAGCUGCACACGUGUGCCUGCUGUGGGGAGGGAGAGACAAGCGCUAAGACAUUCAAGAGAUGUCAGAAGUGCAGGGGGCUGCCAAAUCCCAACUACUACUGCAGCAAAGAAUGUCAAGCUAAGCAUUGGAAGGAACACAAGUUUGACCACCGAGAGAGAGGAGUGGAUGCUGCUGAUCUCGUCCCAACUCACUGACCUAUCUCACUCAUUUAACCCUCUGUUUCCUGCACCGUUUUAACCCCAUAGUCACUCCCGAAUUCACUGCUGAUCAAUAUCAACAUGUCCCCUCGCUCCAUUAUCAGUUCACCUAUCACCAAAAGGGAAUUUGAACUUUCAUAAUUCACUGCAUUAUCCCUGACAUUUGAAUAUUGCACUUCAACUUUUAAAAAUAGUCA